GUGGGCAGUGGCGGUCGAGGAGGACGAGGCAUCUCUUGUGUAGCCCGGUGGUACUGGAGCCCCGAAGAGGAAGGAUAAUGUUCGCGGGAUUUAGAUUGUUGGAGAUGAUGAGGCUGAGAUCGUGUCACUUCGUGUUUCUGAGUCUUUCUGCCCUGAGUUAACAGCUUACAACCUGAAGUCGCGGAUCAGUCGGCGCUUUGUGGUAGACGAGGGAGCGGUGGGCUUUGCUGCAGCUCUAGAGGAAACGGGGCCUGAUAGUGAUCAAUCAAACCCCCACCGCCGGGCCGUCAGUGAGAGGGGGCUCCUCAAGCCCCCCACUGCCGGGCCGUCAGUGAGAGGGGGCUCCUCAACCCCCCCACCGCCGGGCCGUCAGUGAGAGGGGGCUCCUCAACCCCCCCCCCCCCACCCCCGGGCCGUCAGUGAGAGGGGGCUCCUCAACCCCUCACCCCCCAACCCCGGGCCGUCAGUGAGAGGGGGAUCCUCAACCCCACCCCCAGGCAGUGAGUAAGAGGGGGAUCCUCACCCCUCACUGCCCCCCACCCCCAGGCUAUCAGGGAGAGGGAGAUCCUCAUCCCCAGUCUGUCAGUGAAAGGAUCCUCACCCCCUCCCCCUGGCUGUCAUUGAGAGGGUCCCUCACCCCAGGCUGACAGAAAAAGGGACCCCCCCGAGCUCUCGUGGGGUGUAAGGGAUCCUCACCUGGGCUGUCAGAGAGAGCGUAUCCUCACCCCCAUUCCCCCACCCUCAGGCUGUCAUUGAGAGAAUCCUCACCCCCACUAUCCCUCCACCUGGGCUGUCAGAGAGGGAGGGUCCUCUCUCCCCACUCCCUCUCAUCCCGAGCUAUUAGUGUCAGCGAUCCUUACCUCAUUUCCCCCAGGUUGUCGGAGGGAGUGAGGGAUCUCACUUCAACCCCUCCAGCUGUCUAGAGGAAGGGUGGAGAGGACUCUAAUCUCAAACACCGUCUUUGGACCCCACCCAAUGCUGGCCUUGUCUGCUUUGUUGUUUGUUUAGUUUAUUGAACGAUUUCCUUCCUGGAUUGCCUCCACGCUUAUGAGGCUUGUAGUACACAGGCUCAGUGUUUUAAAAUGUAAUUUUAGUUAAUAUGGUUGUUUGGAUUUUGAUGACAUACUGUCAGUUUGCUGUGGAAUCGGUGGAAUUUAUACUUUUGGUCUCCUGAGGUUUAGUUUUUUCUUAAUAAGGUGCAAGAAAGCGACCUUAGAAAACCCCCCUUAAAAUGUCCACGUUGUCAAUGCGUGAGCAUCUUUAGGUAAAAACAACUGUCUUCAGUCUGCUGCCACCCCUUGUAGAGUAGCUGUAGUGUUGACUUCAGGGCCUUUAUUUCCAAAAUUUAAUGGAAAGUGUCCUUGUGCUGUUUACAUAAAAUAGAAAAUUGUUUAGGAAUUUUUUCCCCCGUUUUUGAAUCGUUGAAAUAAUGGGAGGUUUGAAGAGAAAAGAUGCCGCAAUUUGGCAGCAAACCAAAGCGCUUUUAUACAGAAAUUUUCUCAUAAAAAAGCGGAACAAAGAUCAGACUUUACAGGAAUUGCUUUUACCGCUCUUCUUAGUUUUUGCCCUGGUUUGCUUAAGUGUACUUGUCCCUCCACAAUUAUACUUGAAGACGCUCACCAGUGAGCCCGAGGAGCUGGAUAAUUUUGUGCAACCAGACUACAGACUUGGAUACACGCCAGUGAACAAUCACACCAAGGAAAUCAUGGAGGAAGUAGGGGCACUGCUUGAAAUGGUUCCUUACGGAUUCAGAGAUGAAGAAGCAAUGGAACAAGCUUGCUGUUCACAUGCCUCUAGACCAUUGGUGGGAGUUUCGUUCAUCAAUUCAUUGUCAUAUCAACUUCGGUUUCCCUAUAAUAAAGUUCCACGUACCAAUGAAAGGAUUGACUUCAUCGAUGAGAAAGCAAGUUGCCGUUUGGAUUCUGCCUCCUUAAGUCAACUGAAGGACUGUCCUGGUGCAUUGUACCUAUUAUCAGGAUUUGCAACAAUACAAAAACAUAUUGAUGUUGCAAUCAUUAAGACACAAACCAAUUAUUCUGUCUGGAAGGAUAUCAUACCUCUACACAUACAAAUGAUGGGCUUACCAAGCCAUGUUGGUGCAGAUAUCUUUUCACAUUUUGUCACUUCUCUCUAUUUUGUUAUUGCUUUUGUGCCCUUUGUCAAUUUUCUGCUGAUCAAUCUUGUAACAGAAAAAAAGGAAGUGAAAGACAUGAUGAAGGUGAUGGGACUUUAUGACUCUGCUUUCUGGCUUUCCUGGGGCUUGCUGUACAUGGUUUUAAUCUUCAUUCUAUCCUUGCUGAUGGCAGUCAUUGCCACUCAGACAUCUCUGUUUCCAAGAAGCAGUAUAUUGAUCAUCUUUCCAUUGCUGUUCUUGUUUGGGAUUUCUAUAAUUCCCUUUUCAUUUCUGUUGACUCCACUUUUUAAGAAUCAGAAGAUUGCUGGUUUGGUUGGAUCCUUAAUGCUGAUGGGUUUUGGAUUGUUUAGCCUUCCUACAAUUCUGGUCAGAGAUUUUCCAGUAUCUGCUGUGUGGGGACUAUGUGUAUUCUCCCCUAGUGCCUUAGCCAUUGGAAUUGCACAGGUUGUGCUUCUUGAAGCUGUUGGUGAUGGCGCUCAGCCCUCGAAUCUGUCAGCAAGCCCAUUCCCUUUAUACAUACCUCUUUUCAUGUUAGUCCUGGACAGUGUCCUGUAUCUGCUUAUUGCUGUAUAUCUUGACCAAGUUCUCCCAGGUGAAUUUGGGCAACGUCAGCCUUUUUUCUACUUCCUUAAACCCUCAUAUUGGUUCCAUAAACAGAAACAUUAUAAUCACAUUGAUUCAAUUAGCGAAAUUGAAUUUGGCCUUGGACCUGCAUUUAAUGAGGUGGUGGAAGCAGUGCCUACAGAACUUAAAGGAAAAGAAGCAAUCAGGUUAAAAUCUGUUCACAAGUUAUAUAAAGGAAAAGAGAAAAAAGUGGAAGCACUGAAAGGUUUGUCAUUUGAUAUUUAUCAAAAUCAGAUCACAGCACUACUGGGUCACAGCGGAACUGGGAAAACAACAUUAAUUAGCAUUCUCUCUGGACUGUGUCCUCUGUCCGAUGGAUGUGCAACAGUUUAUGGAUACAGAGUUUCUGAAUUGGAUGAAAUAAUUCAGAUCAGAAAGAUGAUGGGGGUUUGUCCACAGUUUGAUGUCCUAUUUUACAGUCUUACAGUAAAGGAACAUUUGAAAAUUCUUGCCAUGAUCAAAGGAAUCACAGCACAGGAAAUUGAUAAAGAGGUGCUGAAUGUCAUAAAAGAACUGGAUAUGGAAGCAAUUAUGGAUGUCCGUGCAGAAAAACUCAGUGGUGGACAAAAAAGGAAACUUUCAAUGGGGAUGGCAAUUUUGGGGGACCCUAAGGUUUUGCUACUUGAUGAACCAACUGCUGGAAUGGAUCCUUGUUCUCGACAGCAAGUGUGGGCAUUGCUGAAAAAGCGGAAAAUAGGAAGGGUCAUACUGUUGACCACUCAUUUCAUAGAUGAAGCUGAUAUUCUGGCAGAUCGUAAAGCUGUCAUCUCACAAGGGCAGCUCAAAUGUGUUGGCUCCUCACUGUUCCUGAAGUCAAAAUUUGGCGUGGGCUAUAACCUCAGAAUGUCUGUAAAUGAGUCCUGCUACCCUGAUAAAGUGACAUCAUUGGUCAAACAUCAUAUACCAAAUGCUGAGCUUUCACAAUUGCAUGAGCUGGAUCUGGCAUAUACUUUACCUCUUCAGGAUGUUAACAAAUUUGCAGGUCUGUUUGAAGAUUUGGACGGCCGUACCAAUCUCGGAAUUGACAGCUAUGGUGUUUCCAUGACAUCCUUGGAUGAGGUUUUCUUAAAAUUGGAGGAAGAAUCAGAAAUUGAUCAAGCAGAUUAUAGCGUUUUUACCAAGGAUCCAGCACCAGAUGUAAUAGCAAAUGAAGAAGACAUUUGCAUUGACUGCAUUGAUCACCAACUACUGACUUUCCCAGAAACUAGCUCGGCAAUGUUGUCUGGCAUUGCUCUGUGGCAACAGCAGUUUCGCACCAUAGCGUGGUUGCGUUUGAUGAAUUUCAGUCGAGAACGCAGUGCUCUCCUUUAUAUCAUUUACAUAAUUGGCCUUUUGAUAUCCAUUGUGGUUAUGAUGGCUUUAUUAAACGGUACACUGAGUCGGAAAGAUGUUUCAGUGGAACUAUCCCCUGAGUUAAUUCUACUCCAUCAAGGCCAAAAACCCCACAAAUAUACAACUAGUCUUCUUCUGAAAAAUUCGACAGGCAGUAAUAUUGAUAAACUUGUCCAUGCUUUCGAAGCACAGAGCGUGAAAGUGGAGAUGUUCAAUGAUAGUGAAUUCACGGAUGUUGCUCCACACAACGCAGCACUAAAUGUGUCACUUUCAGAAGAGAAACAGUACAUGUUCACAGCAGUGUUCAACAGCACAGUGAUUCACUCACUGCCAGUGUUAAUCAACAUGAUCAGUAAUGCCCUCCUCAUUAGUGUAAAUGGAUCCGGUGGGAUUCAAGCAUGGAGCAAACCAUUCCAUUUAACAGUCACUGAUGCCGACUUUAAGGAAAAGGUUUAUAUGGCUUUGGCAGUGUUGGGGUUGUUAUCAGCUGCAUUGCCAGGAUGCUACACCAUGGAUAAUUCACGAGAUCGUGAGAUUAAAUCUCGCUCUCAACUUCGGCUUUCUGGCCUCUUUCCUUCUGCAUACUGGUGUGGUUACGCUUUGGUGGAUAUCCCCGUUUAUUUUAUCAUAGUUGUAAUCAUGCUUGGCUGUGUGAUUGCAUUUAAUUCCACAUCUUUGCUUCAUACCGGUGCUGUAAUUUCAAUGAUGCUGUGUCUUAUUGGCUGGGCCCCAGCAAUGACGCUAUUCUCCUACGCCUAUUCCUUCAGAUUUGAUCGAAUGCAGACUUCUCGGGAUUUUUUUCUGAUCUCUUCAGUUAUUAUCAAUAUAAUUUCAAUCAGUCUCAUAUUCUUGGUUCGGUUAAUACUAAAGGAAACAGCUGCCAACAUGCUGCAUGGCGCGUUGUCACUUUUUAUUCCACCAUAUGUGAUUACAGGAUGCUUGUAUUAUACAGCCAAGGUUUUUCUGGAUCACAAGGAUGAACCCAGUCUAACAGUAGGGACAUAUCUCGAGUGGAAACAGAACAUCCUGAUAACUAUAAUCUCACCCUAUAUUCAAUGCAUAGUUUUGCUGUUUGUACUAUGCCAACUAGAAAAGAUUCAUGGAGGAAAAGUAAUUCAAGCGGAUAAAUGUUGCAGAAUCUUUCCGUCAAAGAGCAAAUUCAAAAUAAAUACAGAAGAACCUGAGAAUGAGGAUGAUGAUGUCAAAGAGGAAAGGGCAAGAGUUCGGGAAGCAUUGACUUGUCAGAGCUGUGAGGAGAAACCAGCAAUUGUGGUCAGUAACUUGCGUAAAGUUUACACUGGAAAGCCACAGGUCUGCAAGUGCUUUUCAAAGCAAAAAAAUAAAAAUAUAGUGGCAACUAAAAAUGUCUCCUUCUGUGUAAGAAAAGGUGAAGUUCUGGGAUUAUUGGGCCCAAAUGGUGCUGGAAAAAGCACUACUAUUUCCGUGCUCACAGGUGACUUGGAACCAUCAGCUGGUCAGGUAUUGAUGGGGGAUUAUUCAACUGAAUAUUUGCAAAGAGAAAGCUCUGUAGAAAGUAUAGGCUAUUGUGCACAGGUGAACCCACUCUGGCCUAAGCUUACUGUGCAGGAACACCUAGAGAUAUAUGCUGCCAUCAAGGGACUCAGUACAGAAGAUGCAGCAAAUGCUAUCAAACGUAUUGUAAAAGCUCUCGAACUGAAGGAAUAUCUCCAGAAAUCAACAAAGAAAGUCUCCAGUGGAAUAAAGAGGAAACUUUGCUUUGCACUGUGCAUGUUGGGGAAUCCUCAAAUUGUAUUACUGGAUGAGCCAUCAACAGGCAUGGAUCCUAAAUCCAAACAGUUUAUGUGGAGAGCAAUUCGGGCUGCAUUCAAGGAUAGACAACGUGGUGCUAUCCUGACCACACACUAUAUGGAGGAAGCUGAAGCACUUUGUGAUCGUGUUGCUGUAAUGGUGUCAGGACAGUUAAGGUGUAUUGGCUCCAUACAGCACCUGAAGAGCAAGUAUGGUGGAGGAUAUACACUGGAGAUUAAACUGAAGGGUGAGAUGACAGAAGCACAGCAAAUAUCUGACAUUCAUGAUAAAAUAAUGCAAAUCUUUCCACAAGCUUCUCGACAGGAAAGUUUUGUUGCGAUGUUGACAUACAAAAUUCCCAAGGAUGACGUGAAAUCUUUGUCAAAGGCAUUUUCCAAGCUUGAAGAAGCUAAACACAGUUUUGAUAUAGAAGAAUAUAGUUUCUCGCAGUCAACACUGGAACAGGUUUUCAUGCAGUUUGCUAAAGAACAAGAAAAUAAUGAAGAAGAUUAUAAAACCUUGGAUACAAGCUUUCGAUGGCAGCAGCUUCAACAAAAUGAAUGUUAAAGAGGUUCAAAGUUGUUCUACUGCCUUAUAACAGGGAAACCUCAAUACAGUAUUCAGUUGAUCUUUAUUAAGUCAAAUUUCUUGAUUUGAUUGCUGAAGCACUGCCUAUCUCAUUUAGAUGAGGAUACUGCACCAAUUGAGGAAUAUAGUGAGCACGGUCUCUUUAGAUGUGUCUGAACUGGUAUUUAUCAAGAUUCUGUGGCACAAACAAGGUGAAAAGAAAGUGUAAAAGAGAUUUAUGCACAUACCCUUACAACUGUUUGUACCUGACAACAAUGCUGGAAGUUAUUGAAAAUGUUGUUUGUUUUUUUUAAAUUAUUAGUUAGGAUAUUAAUAUAUGUAUAACUGACAGUAACCAUCUUCUUAAUUUGGUAUAACAAUGCCUUUAAUAUACAUAUUCCUUCUAUUUGUACAUUUAAAAGUAGCAGUGACUCUCAACAGGGUGCAUUGUACAAAGUCAUUCUCACCUUUUUCUCUAUUGACAUUGACAGCUAAAGCCAUGUUUUAAAACCAGAUCUGACAAUGACAAGGCAUUUGCCUUUGAUUUGUUCAAGCUUCAGUUCACACAUUUCUAACAUAUGGACGGAAGCAAAAAGUGAACAUUUCAAGGCCAUAAAACUUUUUUUAAUUGGAUAACAAGGAGAUUUGUUUCCAAAGCAGUGGAGUUGGUUUAAAAAAAUUAUUACAUUGUGAUAUUACUUUUUAAUACAUUGCCUCUUUAAAAAAAAUCUUGGCUUGAACACAAUAUUUUCAUGGUUUAAAAAGGAAUGGAUGUUGACCCAUAUUAAUCAUAAAUCCAGAAUUUAACAGGUCAUAUUUGUAACAAUUACUGCUAUGCUUUAUAUCGCCUUUUAAAAUGAAAUGAAAUGAACUUUUCUUCCACAAUGGAUUUCAUCUCAGCCUUCAACAUUUACAAAUUAUUUGAAAUAUAAUGUUUCAUUCUUUUAUUUUAUAACCAGUGUAAUAUGUAAUUCAACCCAAGAUUACAAGGAAAAUGAACAUUGUGGUAUUUAUUGCCUUUAUGGUGGCUUGAUCAUAUUAAGCCAUUCAUCAGAAUCUGCUCUACAUUCUUUCAGCAUGUGUGCAGAAUAAUAUUAAAUAUUGUAUGUGCCGUAACAUGUAGUUGACUGAGGGCAGUUUAAAAAAACAUCAGACCAAUCAUUCUGCCCCAUUAUUCCUUUUUGAAAGAACCAGAAGCAGCUACAAUAUACAGACAGCAAGAUAGUGAAUUAGUCAUUUGUCAGUCAUGCAAACUAACUACAUUUUUAUCAGCUUCAAAUUGCAAAACUUAAAUUAUUGCGAACAUUUUCAAAGUGGGGAUCUCACUAGAACAGAAAUCAUCAAGAAUUAACAUUUCUUAGCAUCAGCAAUCACAUCUGAGUGGUACUUUACUGUAUUUCAUUAAUAAAGACCAACUGGUAUAUUACCACUAAAUAAGAUUUUAUAAAAACUUUGCACUGUGCAACUUGUACACCUUUUGUUUGUUUAGGGUGUUCUAUGCCUUUAUUAGUUUGGAAUGUUAAUGUUUGAGCGUUAUUUAGUGUAAACAAGCAAUGUAUUGUGUAACUUUGAAUUAUAAAAUUAAAAACAAUGUGCAGCUGUUGUUUUCUUACCUUUUAGUUGUUGGUUAAAAAUGUGAAAUGAAAAAGCAAGGAAGGAUUGGUAAUGAGCAAUAUGAUUAAUGUUACUGUUUCAGCAUAUUCAAUGCUAGAACUGUCAUUUCUUGUCAAUUGUUAAACUAGUGUAAUUCAAUUAAUUCUGAUAAAAUAAUUGGAGCAGACCAAUUCUGAAAACUAAAUCGUUUUUCAAGUAUUUUAGACAAAUGGGUAAUAUAAUGAGAUUGAAACGCAUGCAAAUAGGUCCCUUGCAGUUCACUAGCAAGAUUCUCAUUUCACUGUUCAAACUUUCUAGAAAAUAGGAAUGCUCUGUCUCAAUGUUGCUAAUCUCAUUUUUCUGAUCGCCCUUAUUUUCCUAACUGGUUCACUGUUGCCCACAUCAUUCAGGAGUUGGGAAAAUUCAGUAAUUGGCAAGUGUUUGAAAUCAAGUGAAUAAUGAGCUAGGAACACAAUAUUAAAGAAAAAGUAUAAGAGGAAUUAAUGUGAUUAAAAGUUGAUAUCCCGUGAGGCCAAUGGCCUACAUACUGGAGUCUCAAAAGAGGUGGAUGCAGAGGAUGGAUACAUGAUUUUGAUCUCACAGGAUUCCUUAGAUUUUCCAGUGGUCUCCAUGAACAGAGUAGCAGGCAUAUUAAAAUCAUAAUGUAAUCAGACAGACAAGUAUAAUGAAAGGGAAAUUGUUUGAGGACGUGCUGAGCAGGCUAGAUAAACAAAACCAGUGAAUGUCUGUAUUUAGAUUUUUAAAUGCAUUCUAGAAGGUGGUACAUUAAUCGUAUGUUACGAAAGACUGACAGAGGGAAUUGGGCUAAUACAGGAAUGAAUUGAAGACAGGUUAGUAGACAUAAAAUACAGGAAUAAACGUGUUAUUUUCAGAAUGGUAGAGGGUAACCAGUGGAAGCCUGCAAGGUUGAAUGCGCUUCAGCUAUCCUCAAUCUAUAUCAAUGGCUUAGUUUGGGAGGGAUCUGGAUAUCUUUACGUUUGAACUACAGAAAAGUUAAAAUGCACUUAUGUUCUUCAGCGAUUAAUUACAGCAAAUGGUAUAUUUGUCUUUAUUGCAAUUGAGUUGCAGUACAAAAAUUAGGAAGUUUUUUUGCACCAAUGGGAUGACACCUGGAGUACUGUGUACCUAAGGAUAUACUUGUCUUAGAGCAGAAGAACAUUUACCAGAUUAGAUUCCUGACAUGAAGGCUGUUUAAUGUGAGAUUGAGUGGUCCUAUAGUAUCUGGAGUUUAGAAGAAAUUAAAAGAUAUGAAAUUCCCAAAUGGCUCGACACUGUUGAUGCGAAGAGGGAGUCUAGAAGUACGGAUUCAUAGUCUCAAAAAUAAGGUAUCUGCUAUUUAGGAUUUAAGACUGAAAUGACAAAUUUCUUCACUGAAACUUGCAAAUCUGUGUAAUCCUAAACCCCAGAGAGCUUUGGCUGCUCAGUCAUUGAAUACAUUCAAGAUUCGGAUAGAUAGAUAAAUGUUUGGUGCUCAAAGGAAAUCAUGGAAUAUUGCAGGAAAAUGGAAUGAAUGUCAAAGUUCAGCCACUGAAUAACAGAGCAAGUUUAAGGGGAUGUAUCGUCUCCUUCUAUUUCUUUGUUGUUAUAAAUAGACAGACAGUGGGAAAAUAACUUGCAAUGUUAUUUUUCUCCAUUCCUCUUAUGUUUGCCAUUUGGGUCUCCCUUAAAUCUGAUUGAUUUUGAUUUAAAAAUAUAUACCGUGCAUGGGGUUUCCUGCCACAAUUACUUCUGAUAUUUUAGAAAUCUUAACAUUAACAGUGCAAGAGAGCAUUUAUGUGCCUAUUCUGUUCUUCCCCCAACUGGCCUGAUGUGCAGCUGCAGAAGUAAUCCCACAGAGGCCCUACUUUUUAAACUAACACCCAAGUCCACAAUGUCUCUGUUUCAAGCUUUCAGUCUUGUCUUUGUACUACUUCAGAAUGCUCAUGUUCCCUUUCAUGCAAAAUGAAGCCAUUUUAAUACUGCAUAAUGUACAUACAAGAAUAAUACAUUGAUGGUCUAGUUGUGCUUUCUGUGUACAACAUAAUCUUUGUUAUUCUGAAUUAAAUUUCAUUGUUGUCUGCA